AUGAAUAAAAUAGCACUAUUUUUUGUUUUUUACAUCACGCUUACGACUGCACUUCCACGACAGGAAAGAAUAGUCGGCGGAACUGUCACCAGCAUCAGUGUGCACCCGUACUCGGCAGCUCUCUUGAGUUUCAGAAGUAAUGGAAUCUUCGUGCAGACUUGCGGUGGCACCAUUAUAAACAACAGAUCUAUCCUCACAACCGGUUCUUGUUUAAACUACAAAGUGGAAAACUUGCGCUCUCGCAUCGCCUCAUCGUUUGCUAACAGCGGUGGGGAGGUUCACUUCGCGUCUCAGCUCAUCCAACACCCUGGAUAUGGAAUCUACACAUUGGAGAAUGACGUUGGUCUCUUCAGAGUACAAUUCGCUUUCCGAUUCGGACCCAAUGUACGAGCUGCACCCAUCGUUGGACCAAACGCUGUUAUUCCUGCCAACACAAUUGUUACGGCUAUCGGAUGGGGUUCGAUAAAUCCAGGUGGAUACGGUCGAUCGGAGCAGCUUCGUCAGGUACAAAUUCCAACGGUGCCGGACUACAUCUGCCAAUACAAUUACUUAAACAUGACCGCGGGUCAUUUGUGCGCUGGCCCGCUGGAGGGAGGUCGAGGUUCCUGCGAAGGCGACCAUGGAUCACCUCUAGUACUCAACAAUGCUAUUGUAGGCAUCACCAGUUUUGCGUACGAUUGUGGUGCGCCCAACUUACCUGCUCUAUACAGCAGGGUCGCAUACUUUUCCAACUGGAUUGUAGGCAAUGCUUAA